UUUCUGAAAAUACGGGCACACGGUUCAAAUGAAAUUCCGUGAAGAACUUCUUCUAAACCUAAUAAAAUAAAUAUAAAGUCAUAAAAUUGUAAAAAAGAUUAAAAAAAAAAAAAAUUUAAAAAAUUGAAAAUAUUAAAUAGGAGGCGAAGAAGGGAAGAUCAUCUUCAAGAGUGGAGUGGAAGUGGGUAUGUUGUUGACGGUGGGAAUGUGGGGUUUAAACUGCGCAACCUCUGCUUAUCCUACACCACCUGCUCUUAAAGCUUCCAUUCCCAUGGCUACACUUCGUUCAAGCUCUUCACCACCACCCUCUCUUCCUAUCAAUCAUCGUUAUCAUCGCAUUGACAGUCCCUUUGUUUCAGAGGUUGUGGAAGCGGUAGACUCCUUGUAUGCAGAGUUUAAAGCUGUGGAUAAUUUGGUGGCACACAAUACCACCCGUGUUCUUAAAGCUUUCCAAAAUGCUCGAGUUGGAUAUCAUCACUUCGGCGGAUGCACUGGUUAUGGUCAUGAUGAAGCUGGGGGACGUGAGGCACUUGACCAAGCUUUCGCAGAAAUAGUUGGCGCUGAAUCAGCAAUAGUUCGUUCUCAGUUUUUUUCAGGAACUCAUGCAAUAACUUGUGCUUUGUUUGCUUUUCUAAGGCCAGGAGAUGAGCUUUUGGCAGUUGCUGGUCCUCCGUAUGACACCUUAGAGGAAGUUAUUGGAAAAAGGGACUCUCAUGGUAUGGGAUCCCUGAAUGACUUUGGAGUAAAAUACCGAGAAGUUUCACUUGCUAAGGAUGGUGGACUUGACUGGGAAAAUCUUAGGACUUCUUUGAGACCUGAAACAAAAUGUGCACUCAUACAGAGAUCAUGUGGUUACUCCUGGCGUAAGAGUUUAAGUGUUUAUGAGAUAGAGAAAGCAAUAAAGAUAAUCAAGAUGCAGAAUCCUAACUGCUUGGUCAUGGUGGAUAAUUGUUAUGGUGAAUUUGUGGAAAGCAUUGAACCUCCGAUGGUGGGUGCAGAUUUGAUUGCUGGUAGUUUAAUUAAAAAUCCGGGUGGAACUAUAGCACCAUGCGGUGGUUAUGUUGCUGGGAGGGAGAGGUGGGUAAAAGCUGCUGCAGCUCGUCUAUCUGCCCCAGGGCUUGGCAUUGAUUGUGGCGCAACUCCUGGAGAUGUUAUGCGAUCAUUUUUCCAAGGACUGUUCCUUUCUCCUCAAAUGGUGGGCGAGACGAUCAAGGGAACCCUUCUAAUUGCUGAAGUUAUGGCUUCGAAAGGAUACAAAGUACAGCCACUUCCUCGUGUUCCUCGCCAUGACACAGUACAGGUUAUUUUACUUUUAUAUGUUAUCCUCGCCAUGACACAGUACAGGCUGUACAGCUUGGAAACCGUGAGCGUCUCCUUGCUUUCUGUGAGGCUGUACAAAGAAGCUCCCCAGUUGGUUCAUAUGCUAAACCGGUGGCUGGAGCAACUCCUGGAUAUGCAUCAGAGGUAAUCUUUGCUGAUGGAACCUUCGUUGAUGGUAGUACAAGUGAGCUUUCAUGUGAUGGACCUUUAAGGGAGCCAUUUGCCGUAUUUUGCCAGGGUGGCACCCACUGGACUCAAUGGGGACUAGUACUUGGAGAGGUUU